AUGAAUCCUCACAGUGGCAUGCAGAGCCCUCUCUCUUUCGGGGGCUUCGCUUGCCUCACAAGGCAUGUGAAGCGAAUUUCGGAGGCCCUGUCCGAGGCGCUAGAGGGGGACCUACUGGACAAGAAGUCGCUCGGCCUGGUGAACGCCUACCAGCCCUCGCUGACCUCGACGUGGAUGUUCCAGAAGUCGAUGAGCGUCGGGGUCGGAGAGAGGGUGGACGCCAACCUCAUCGUGGACCUCCUCGCCAACAACUUCAAGUCCAUGGACAAGCUGGGAAACCCGGUGCUGAAGCCCUUCUUGCAAGACGUGGUGCAGUUCGGGCCUCUGGCGAGAGUGCUGGCCGGCGUUACCCUGGACGCCCCGUUGUCGAUCCCGCCGUUGCUCCUGCACGUCGGGAUCGUUCCCCUCGCGGACUGGAUAGGUGCGGGUUGUAGUAGGUGCUGGCGCUGUGUGUAG